ACCAAAGAGCAUAUCCUCCAUGAAAUAUGCGGGAUGAAUGCAAACAAGUAAAAAUGAACUUUGUCCCAGUUCGUUGUGAAUAAUCCAGAAUUUUACACGUGGAAAUAGUAGCCAGCCAGCCAGCUGGCAGGAGCCAGUUGGAGUGUUGGACUUGCUAUUGCACCAUUUCAGCGUUGACCGACGGAAGCGACGACUGGCGUGUGUAAUCCAGGCGCCAUUCGGGCAAGUGGGGUUCUCUAGCCAAAUUCCCUCAUUUUAUUUUUUGAAAAUUUCGAAACAAAUUAAUUACUAGGGCACAAUUGAAUCGCCAAAAGUACAGUUUACCGUAGGGUUUAUUGGCUUAAUUAAGGCAACAGUAAAAGAGCAGCCCCGCCCUUGGAUCUACGCCACGUGGUGUUAAACUAUCAUCCAACGGCAACUACGAACUCAUUCGUGACGGGACUCUUAUAAGGCACAAAGCAAAAGGAAUAUUCCCCCCUCCUCCAGUACAAAACUUCUGGCCCAUCUGAGCUCAACGACGCCGUUUGCAUAGACGCUUUUAGUUUCCAGGAAAAUAUCGAAGAGGAAGAGAAGCACGUGCAACUCGCCCCCGCUAAGCGCUAUCUUCUAAAUUUUGUUAUGGAAGCAAGCGUGCUGUUUGAUUUAAUCACUUAAGAUUAUUAUUAUUCAUUAAUUAUUUCGGCUAAUCUCCAUUACUCUUCUAAGUCUAACUUCAUUCAACGAGGGGCGCAUCACUUGUUUGUAGAGGAUGAGAUUUUGAAAAUUGAUUCUCAUAUAUCCUACCAAAUAUUUUAAGAAUGUGUGUGUGGAUAUGCAAAAGGAAAUAAUUCCUAUGGAAUGAACCAUUUACUAAUUAAUGCAUACAUAGCCUCCAAAUGCCUAUUUGUCAUUUUAGCCCUCGAUUUGUCCUUUUAGUCCCUUUGGUUGUGGACAGUCUAAUUAAUGUGGACAUACUUGAGUUUUGUUCCUAAUAUGAAAACCAAUUGACCACGUAGCUAGUCCCUUGGCCUUUUGUUGACCAGCCUAAAGGUAUGGACUCUAUAUUCCCAGUGACCACAUCGGUUGUGCCGUGCGUACCACUUUCUCCCGUCUAUAAUUUUGUAUCGACAUGAUGCAUAGGGUCGGGGAUUUCAAUUAGGGGUGUAAGUUUCGCCCUAAAAAUCCACUGACCCCUCUCGAGCCGUCCCAUUCCUGAGGGUCAGUUUAGGGAUGAGUCAGCUUUUGAUCCUAUAAGGGUCGAGACGAGUCGAGUCGACUUAGAGACAAGUCACUUUUUGACCUUAUGGCCCUUAGCAACAACAAAUAUCUCAUACCACAUUGGACCUCUUUGUAAAAGUUUAAAAGGUGAGGUACUAAAUUGCAAAAACAAAAAAUUUUGGGUACCAAAAUGUAAUUUUACCAUAAAAAUGUAAGGACUUAUUUGUAAAAAAAUUAAUUUUUGUAUACUAAAUUGUAAGAAAAAAUAAUUUUGGGUACCAAAACAUAAUUUGUAAAAAAAUAGUGUGUAGAUUAGGGUCGACCGACUGACCCGACCCGUCCCGACCCUUGAGGGUUAGACAGGGUUAAGAUGGAGACAAGGACGAGACGGGUCAGUUUUACAUCUUGACCCUUCAGGAACGGGUCAGACAAGGUCAGCGACGGAACAUGGACAAGUCACGGCAAUUUUCAGCUCUAAUUCCAAUUCCCGCGAGUGUGGGUUUCUGAGGGAGCGGAUCAGGUCAGUAACUCUAUGGUCAGUAACCAUGAUUAACCUGUCCACAUCAGCAUGACAUUAGUAGCCUAUAUCUCUCUUGGAAAGUCUUUAAUCUUUUCCUCUUUAAUCUUUAACGAACGAUUUCUCUCUCGUUUUAAGUCGAAAUUUAAUUUAAUUUUUUUUUCACAGAUAAAUCGGAUUAAAUAUGCUCUUCAAAAUGAUAUACACUUUGAUAUAUUUUUAGUACAAACAAAAUUGAAUAAUUUUUUAUCAGUCAUUACCAUAUGGUAUGCUCCAAUUUAAUAUCAUAUGGUAAGGAAGCGUACCAUGAUGAUAUGAACAUACCAAUAUGGUAAGAAGGUUGAAUACAUGAUAGUAGGAGUAUAUUAACUGUCAUUUACGACUUUCAUCAUUGUUUAUUACAAGUUACCAAUCACAUACCAUAGUGGUAAAGUAUGGUAAUUUUUUAUCCAGUAUAUUUUUCACCCAGAAAUUUAUAGAUCCAAUUGAUCAUGAUGAACUCGUUUCUUCUGAGCAAACGUUUUAAAAAACGACUUUAAAACGAAGAAGUUACCAUAUGGUAUGUAGUUGGUAAAAAAAAAUUUCUCAAAAUAUAUUGAAAAUUGAUCUCAUUUUGUAGAGCACAACGAACUCAUUCCAUCUGUGCAAAAAAAUUGAAAUCCGAGUUAGAACGAAGAAGAUAAGAGUCAAUUAAGAAAACUAGAGAAAAUAAAAUACUUGAGAUUUACAAUCCUUAGAUCUGAAUUUUGUGGACCCACUUAAAUCUAAAGGUUCAGAUUUAAUUACUCAUAGGAGGCUAGUAACCAUUGGUUACUGACCCUAUCUUAGGUAUCUGAUCCAACUUUCAUGGGUUAAUUAAUUCUCAACUUUGGGCUUCCAAAAGUGUGGCCUUUUGGCCCAAUUCUUCCAUAUUGUGGUAUUUUGGGCUAAUUGUAAUUCAGGUGGACAGCCUACCACACCAAGCAGGACUGAUCAGGAAAUUAAACAAAGGUCGCCGUGGCACAGCAUCGUCGCCCUGCCAGUCUCCACCGCCGAUUGGAAAUUGGAAGGGGAUGGCCUCAACUAUUCCAGCACCGGCAAGGAAGAAGGGCUCCGUCCUAGCUCCGACCACCAUCCAGUCUCUCAGCCACGACACCCUUUGCGUUCUCUUCUCCUACCUCGACAUCUUGGACCUCGUCCGCUGUUCCGCCGUCUGCAAUUCAUGGAGCUCAAUAAUCAAAAGGUCGAAGCUUUUGCAAUCGUUGUACCUGAAGCAGAUGAGGAGAAGUGGCAGGGACGUUGCGAGCCGAAGCAGCGAUUCCUUGGAGGAAUCGAUGAGUGCGUAUCUGGAAGAGCUAGCCUUGGAGCGCCAUAGGCGUGCGUUGGUUAAUGGUUGUGUUGUAAUUGACCAGUGGAAGGGUCAUUCAGCUGGGGUGAAUCAAUGCAGAAUGAAAAUGGGAAUGAUUCUUACAGGUGUAGGGGAUAAGGUUAUUCGUCUUUGGUCAUCAGAAAGCCUAAAGUGUGUCGAAGAAUAUCCAGUUCCUGAUGCUGUCCGUCUUCUUGACGUUGAUUUUGAUGAGACCAAGGUCGUUGGUUUAUUUGGUACUCAAUUAAGUAUAUGGAGGCGCAAUGGUAAGAGAAGCAUAUUUCCCUCCAAGGAAGGCACGUUCAGCAAGGGCUCGUGCAUGAGGUACUUCGAUCCAGAUGCCGUGGUAGGCUGCGAGGACGGGACAGCGCGUGUGUUCGACAUGUACAGCAGGCAAUGUUCUCGGAUUAUUAAGAUGCAUCCUGAGGCUGUAUCUUGCUUGUCUUUGGGCGACGAUCAAUUGAUUAUCAGCGGUUCCAGUUUGGGAAGAAUUACAGUUUCAGGUCUGUCAUUGGAUGAGAAGAUAGCUACACUCAAACCAACUGAUUCCACUGGCAUAUCUAGUUUAUGUUUCAACCCAGAAUCUUCUCUAGUAUUCUGUGGAACUACUGCUGGAUAUGCGUCAUGUUGGGAUCUUAGGAAGAUGAGACAGUUGUGGAAAAGACGUGUGAGUCCAAAUGUGGUAUAUUCUAUGCACCACCUUCGCAACGACACUUCAGUUCUGGUGGUUGGGGGAAUAGAUGGGAUUCUACGUGUUCUUGAUCAGGACUCUGGAGAAGUUGUUUCGAGGUAUGUGAUGGACAAUGCCGCUGUCCCUAGUAGUUUCGAAUAUGCGCAUGGAGUAGGCGAGAGGAGGCCUGGUAAACGUAUACCUAAAGAUACCCAGAUCGAUGGAGUAUCAAGAAAUGCUCGACCCCCCAUUACAUGCUUGGCUGUCGGGAGGGAGAAGGUUGUUACGACUCAUAAUAGUAGGCACAUUAGGCUUUGGAAGUUCAAGUGUAGGAGAGACUAGUCCUAGUUUGUAUAGCUCAAAGGUACUGCUGCCCUCCUUUACCUUUGUAAGGAGUUAUUGUUGUCUUGUGUUGUAUUGUAUCAUAUCAUUGAACUAGAUAUAUGCCCGAGACGUGCUCGGCCACGGUGGAGUACGCACUCGUAUUAUAAUUAUUGUUUGCUGAUCCAUGAAUCAGGAGGCUGUCAUAAUGAAGUUAGAAGUUGUCUACAGGCUUCAUUUCUCUCAGAUGUCACAAGGUUCAAAAGCGGGAGGAGCGAUCUAUUCGUUUAAAAUACACCAUGAGGAAAGAGUUCAGGCAGUGAUCAUGAUUCAUGAGCAAGAAACAUAUCGAGAGAAUUUUCCGAGGCUGGGAUUGAGUAUGUUCUCGUCAUCUAUCCGUGAGUUGGAUCAAGCAUUGGACGCAAGCUUAACCUUGUGAGAUCUUUCCAUAUGCGGGAACUGAAGUUGUACAUUCUAUUGAUAAUAAUCCCAUCUAUCCAGCAACAUAUCAAACGAAGAUUGAUUACAACUAAAGAUCAAUCUGACCAAUAACCAGUUACUCAAGCUGGUUCUGUCAUCUCAAUGAUGGUUGUGUCAUAUGUGAGCUCCUGGAACAUUAAAGAUUCUCGAUUGGU